AUGGGAUCAACUACUCUCCCCGCCAUGCAAACCUCCCCUAAAUACAUCUUCUUCACCGAUUUCGAUGGCACAAUCACAACCCGCGAUUCCAACGAUUUCAUGACGGAUAAUCUUGGAUUCGGCCAAGAACUACGCAAGCAAGGAAACAAAGAUGUCCUCGAUGGUACAAAGACCUUCCGCGAUUCGUUCCAAUCAAUGAUGGAUAGCAUCAAGACUCCAUAUAGCAAGUGUAUAUCAACUCUUAUCGAAAACAUCAAGUUAGAUCCUGGAUUCAAGGAGUUUUUCGAAUGGGCAAGAGAGAACAAUAUGCCAGUUGUCAUUCUGAGUGGUGGAAUGGAACCAAUUAUUAGAGCAUUAUUGGAACAUCUCUUGGGAAAGAAAGAAGCUGCUGAAAUUCAGAUUGUCAGUAACCAAGUUGAAGUUAGAGAAGGAUUCAAGAGUCUUGAUGAGGAGGGAGGUUGGAAUAUUGUCUACCAUGACGAAAGUCAUUUCGGACAUGAUAAAUCUAGAGAGAUUAGACCAUACGCCGCACUCCCAGAUGAUCAAAGACCAACCAUGUUUUACGCUGGAGAUGGAGUCUCAGAUCUCUCGGCUGCUAAGGAGACUGAUCUGUUAUUCGCCAAAAAGGGUCAUGAUCUCAUUACCUAUUGUGUUAGAGAAAAGGUUCCAUUCACAAUCUUUGAGGAUUGGACUUCUAUUUUAUCAACAGUAAAGGAUGUCGUUGCUGGUAAAACGACUGUUAAAGAAGUCUACGCUGCUGGUAUCAAGGACUUCGAGAGUGAAAACAAGGCAUAG